AUGAACAAUACAAUAUCUGAUAAAGGUUUUGUUAAAUUUGCAUCACGUAGUGAAGAAUUUAUUCUACCAUGUUUAUUAUUAAUUGGCACAACUUGUAAUACACUAACAUUUGCUGUGAUGAGACGAGGUCGCAUGCGACAUUCAUCAUCAUGUUUCUACAUGGCUACAUUGGCUAUUGCUGAUACGUUUGUUCUUUGGAUUGGCUGUCUCAAUCGUUGGUUAGAGUUGUUAGACAAGAAACGACCAAUUUUAGCUUGUAACUUGUGUUGCAAACUGGGCACAUUUGCAUUCUUCUUCUUUGCCGAUUGUAGUGUCUGGAUUACUGUUGCUAUGACAUUCGAACGAUAUAUCGCUGUUUCUCAGCCAUUACGUGCUAGUCAACUUUGUACAAUCAAACGUGCACGUUACAUGCUGUUAUUUGUAUUCAUCACAUUUUUUUUAAUCAACGCUCAUUUUCUAUGGACGUUUCAUUUAUCUCCAACGGAGUUACAUUGUAUUCCAUUGAAUACUCAAUCCUUGUUCAUACGAUAUUUCACCUGGAUUGAUUCGUUCAAAUACUCUUUCUGUCCAUUUACACUUUUAAUCACAUUGAACAUCUUGAUUAUCAAGAGUCUAUUGAAUGCGCGAAAUGCAAAUAAAUAUUUACAACAACAACUCUCCUCCGAAACCAGCUCAAGUCAACACGCAAGUAACUAUUCGAUGGCAUAUUCGGCAACCAAUCUAAACUCGAACGUCUCGAUUAAAAGAAAGAAAUACACCCUUUCGCGUUCAUCAAAUGCGUGCCAGCAACAACAACAACAACAACAACAACAGACUAUGUCGACAAAAACUCUCGCUUGUCGACGAGUGAACCGUCGUUUGACAACAAUGCUAUUAGCUGUUUCAUUUGCAUUUUGUGUAUGUUCAAUGCCAAUAUCUAUAAUGCAAUUAAUCGAUGCUAUUUACUCUGACGUUGAAAAUCGUUCACCAACAAUGAAUGCAGGUAUUGCGAUCGGCAAAAUCAUUGCAGAAAUUUCGCAAUAUGUCAAUCAUUCUUCCAAUUUUUUUCUCUAUGCAUUCACGGGAAGAGUUUUUCGUCAUGAACUUCGUCGAUUGUUUAGUUGCCAUGAUUUUCUGUUUUUUACUUCGUCAUCGUCAUCUCAGCGUUUAUCGAAACGUGCGAAAAAGUUAAUGUUACUUCACAAUCCAUCACAAGGUGUCCAUGAACACUUCUAUUCAAAUGGCAAGCGUCACACACGAAUCUUAGUUGCACCAAAACGACCAUCGAAUGUUUCGGAUAUAUACACUUAUCGGCAAAGUAUUUGCAGUGCUCAAUCAUCGUUCGAAAUUCCACUUGCUAAUCAAAAUUAUCAAUUGCGACAAAAUUCGAUGAUGACCAACGAUGAUCAAGACGAUCACUUUCUCACAGCGUAUCAAAGGCAAUCCCUCGGACCACGAGCCAGUUCAAUAACACAAACAACAUCGAUCAUGUUAUUGGAUUCGCCGACAACACCUAUCCGCCGUAACCGAUCCGGUUUGGAUCCAUCUGUUUCUGAUACGAGAAGUCAACCGCAAGAACAGCCAUCACCAGCGAAAACAUCUGAUGUAACAAAAUCAAUAGCUUUAUCUGAUGUCACAUCAAAUUCAUGA